CGGCGGGCAGCUUCAGCAAGGCCGUCAGCGGCAGGCAGCCUUUUGCCUUUGCCUUUGCGUCCCCAUGGCCGUUCAUCGCGAGGAGGUUCGAUGCAGGAGGUGUCUCUGCACUAGUAAGUAUAACUAGUCGGCUCCAAGCUAUAGCUAGUUAACUAGUUAGUUAACUUCCAUUAGUUAUAUAGGAUGCGCCCAGCGGACUGACUGGCUGACGUCAAAAGCUGCGUAGCAACAACAACACCAACAACAACACCAACAACAAUAACUACAACUACAACUACAGUUACGAUUACAACAACUCCCGCGUCCACCACAACACUCCGAGGCCCACGAACACGCCAGACCGCACGCCGACCAGGCGCACCAGCAGCAGCGAGACCAGCGGACGGAGGAGACGGGCCAGCGAGCUGUCGAUGCGGCGCGCUAUCCAGAUCUCUCUGGGCCUGAUACUGACAACUAACUAAUAACACCAACGCCUUCAACUGGCUGCGGCUUUCGUCUGCCCGGAACACAUGGCGCGCCAGCGAGCCUCCUCCAAUGCCUCCACGAUCCCUUCGCUGCCGGACCGCACCCAGGAGCUCGGCAGCAUGUAUGAUUAUCUGGCAAAGGUGAUCCUGCUGGGGCCCAGCGGUGCUGGAAAAUCCUGUUUAUUGCAUCGAUUCGUGAAGAAUGAAUGGCGGGUGCUGUCCUCGCAGACAAUCGGCGUAGAGUUUUCUUCCAAGAUAGUCAAGGUUGGGUCGGGGUCGAGAUUGAAGAGGAUAAAGCUCCAGCUGUGGGAUACAGCGGGCACGGAGAGAUUUAGAUCAGUUUCUCGAUCAUACUACCGAGGAGCUGCUGGGGCCAUUCUCGUCUAUGAUGUUGCAUCCCACUCGUCGUUCAGCGCUCUCCCAACCUUCCUUAUGGACGCUCGUGCUCUAGCUUCUCCCAACCUGACAGUACUGCUGGCCGGAAACAAGAGUGAUCUGGCUGCGGAUUCGGCUUCGAUUGAGGAGUACUGGGACGAUCCUUUGCGACCUCCAGCGACCCCAUCGAGCACUUCAAGUAGACAGACGCCGUUUCCCUUUGAUUCUGGUGGAUCUCUUCGCUCAAUAGGCAGCCCUGGAGUGGGAACUAGACUGACGGCAACUGUCUCACCGGAGGGCCGCGAUGUAUCGCUGGAAGAGGCCUCGAGAUGGGCGUCCAAGUCUAAUAUACCCGUUGCAGUUGAAGUAUCUGCUCUGUCUGGGGACAACGUGGAUGAACUCUUUAACAGACUGGCCCGAAUAAUCCUCACCAAAAUCGAACUAGGCGAAAUUGAUCCUGACGACCCCCAAAGCGGCAUUCAAUAUGGUGAUGGUGGCAUGUAUGGAACCAGUGACGGCGGAAGCAUUCGAAGCGGCAUCACGAUUGAUGACUCGCUCGCACAGCCCCGGAAACGGAAGCCCAGAAGAGGUGUAUGGUCGUCCGGUAUGAGAGAGUGGGAAGAUGUUUUCCGUUCAAAUCCUCCACCCCAUAGGAACGGCAGAUGUUGCUAG